AAGUACAGAUUUAAAUUAGUAAUAUGGAGUAUUGCACAUAUUCUUAUUUGCAACACUACACAAUGUGAAGAAACGUUUCUUGUGCCUGGCUAUUCUGGUGCUCUGUAGCGUCGGCUAGAUGGCAAAAGUUCAAAAAAGCCUGUGGCUUGGAUGUGAGGGAUCAAAAGUGGUUUACUGAGCCUUUUUUUCUCACUCUAGAUGUGUACAACAAAGACUACAUUCUACCUGUGCCUAUUCUGCACACACACACACACACACACACUGCACACUUUUGUUUCUCGCAUUUUUGCAUCAUAACUUUGCAAAUGUGUCAUUUAUAUAUUCUAUCUUUUUCCUUAUUGUCCCAGAGGCUCCUGUAUGCUAAAACACCUCGUUUCAAAAAGUCUAGAAGUGUAUUACGAAACUAGAAAAUGCCGGUCUGCUCACGACUUCUUUCUGUAUCAGUAAAAGAUCAGCUAUUUAUUUUUACAACCUAAUUACGAGGAACUUGAUCAGAUUUGUGUAAGGGACGUGUGUGUGUGUGUGUGUGUGUGAGGAACUGCACUUUGCUCUUUAAAGACACACAUAUGCACAUUUCCUGCUAGCUGACUGAAAUCAGAGUCACUGAAGAACACAGAGGCAUCAUGUCGUAUCUCAGGAGCGUCCUUAUUAGCUUAGUGCUGCUCGUCUCGAUCUGUCAGGCGAAAACUGGAGGUCUGAGGGCCAGCACCAGCUCUCAGGGGAAAGGCUUGCUCUCCAAUGCCAUGGUGGGAUUGUCAGCGGUGGCCGGCUUUCUCUUCAUUGUUUUCAUCAUCCUCAUCAUCAAAAGGCUCUUUUUCAAGAAAGACAAGGACGACGAGGAGUCCGAGCCUGAGGUCUGUGCAGCCUUUGAAAACAAGGCUUUCGAGGUGGAGACAGUAGAACUCACUAAAACAACUAACAUGUAAUUUCAGGAGAAAACACACCCACACACCCACACACACACACACACACACACACAAACACACACACACACACACACAUCAUUACACCGCCUAGCUGAUGUCCAAUGUGGACUUUGUUCAAAAGCUGUAAAGCACAAUAUUAUCGCUGAACAAUUAAUUGAUUACUGUUCUGACCCUAAAUGACCUUAAAUAACCCCCUAAUGGACAUUUUUUGUAUGACCCCAAGCUUUGACCACCUUCAUUUUGUUAUUCUGGAUUUAUCAUUUAUGAAGUACCAUAGCAAUUUUUUAUGUCAGAAAGACGUUGCCAAAUAUCCAUGCCUACGUAAUGAUGAUGAUGAUGAUGAUGAUAAUGAUGAUAAUGAUGAUGAUGAUGCCACAUUUUCUACAAAAAUCUGCAUAGUUUCAUGUCCAAAAAGCUACAUAAAGUUGUGACACACUUGAUUUGAUCUCGCCCAGAAAACAAGUUGAUGAUGAAAGACAAAUCCAGCAUCUAACUGUUAUUACUCUAUCAGCCACAAGGUGGAACCAAACUCAAUUUAUGGAUUUCCUUUUUCUUUCUUUCUUUUUUCUUUCUUUUUACAAAAAAAAAAAAUCUGUUUGAAUCCAUUCUUCAAAAACUUCUCACCUGUUUGAUAAUAAAUACAAGUUGAAAAAUACCCAUA